CUUCUUGACACCGACGUCAUGCACUUCAAAGGUCUCAGUGUUCUUUCUGUGGCGCUCGCAUUGCCCAAUAUUGCUCUCUCCAAACCAAGCUGCGAAAACAAUCUAGAAUGGCCUUGGUACGAGCCUGACGGAAGGAGUGCAGCCGCACAUGGCAUUGACAAAUGGUGCAACAACAUUGCCCCCUCCAGGUUCAAUGCCGAGCAGGAGGUGAAGAUCUGUCUUGAGGUUGAUCAUGAGGUGAAAAAUCUCAACUUGUGGUUCAAGAACACCAAUAAACACAAAGCCGACUUAUCAAUCGACUAUUGCAAGAGCUUGCUGAAGAAGAUUGUUGAUUCGUGCCUUGGGGCUGGUUAUGAUAACACCAAUAGCGGCUGGUAUGGAAGGUAA